GAAUCUGAGCCCGCCCUCCAGGUUAAUUCAGCGGAUCGCCGAAGUUUAGCUAAACUGCAACAAAAGACUUGUGAAACAAUCAUACUUUGAGGUUUAUUCAUAAACAGAUAUUAAAUAUUAACGAUGCAUCUGCCUCCUAGUGCAAAUGUAGACGGGAACGGGACGAACACCCGCUAAGACCCGAGUUCCUCGGCUUCUUGUGGGCAUCAGCAGAAGACUGCAGAGAGUAAAAGAGCCUCGACUGAAAGGAAAUGAGACCUGGCGUUAUGUCUUUUCGGCUGUUUUUGCUGCUGGCUUUUAGUCUGGAGGUGUUCAGGUGCGAGCUGUCCGGGGGGAAGGCUGCCUCGGUCAUCAGCGCUGCUAAAACGCUGGUGUGGGGACCAGGGCUGGAGGCGGACAUCGUCCUCCCUGCUCGAUUCUUUUACAUACAGGCGGUGGACAGCUCGGGGAAAAAUUUGACGACAUCGCCUGGAGAGAAGACAUUUGAGGUAAAGAUAGUCUCCCCAACAGAGCAGUUCACCAGGAUCUGGAUUCAGGUUCUUGAUCGCCGGGACGGGUCGUUUUUGGUUCGCUACCGAUUGUACGCCACCUACACUGACCUGCACAUCCAUGUUCUGCUGGAGGCCAGGCACGUUGCAAAGUCGCCUUAUGUUCUCAACGGUGCCGUCUACCACGAGGGCUGUGACUGCCCUCAGCCCAGUGGUGCUGUGUGGGAGAAACAGAUGCGCUGUCCCGAGUCCUUCGCCCAGAUCACCAGGGACCUGUCCCUUUACGCAGGUGUCGAUCCAGACCAGAACUCCCAGGAGAUCCCAAAGCGCUUCGGACAGCGGCAAAGUCUCUGCCAUUACACAAUUAAAGAAAACAAGGUGUACGUGAAAACGUUUGGAGAACACGUCGGUUUUCGAAUCUUCAUGGAUGCCAUCUUACUGUCGCUCACAAGAAAGGUGCGACUCCCCGAUGUUGAGUUCUUUGUAAAUCUGGGGGACUGGCCCCUGGAGAAGAGGAAACCCACCGAUAAGCUCCAUCCCAUCUUCUCCUGGUGUGGCUCAAACACCACAAGGGAUAUAGUCAUGCCCACUUACGACCUCACCGAGUCGGUCCUUGAGACCAUGGGAAGAGUGAGCCUGGACAUGAUGUCCGUCCAGGCCAACACGGGGCCGCUGUGGCCGCAGAAGAACGCCACGGCCUUCUGGAGGGGGCGGGACAGCCGCCAGGAGCGCCUGCAGCUGGUCAAGCUUUCUAGAGCCCACCCCGACGUCAUAGACGCCGCGUUCACCAACUUCUUCUUCUUCAAACACGAUGAGAGCCUCUACGGCCCGUUGGUCAAACACGUCUCUUUCUUUGAUUUCUUUAAGUACAAGUAUCAGAUAAACAUCGACGGGACGGUAGCAGCGUACCGUCUGCCGUACCUGCUGGCUGGGGACAGCGUGGUCUUAAAGCAGGAUUCUGGCUACUACGAGCACUUCUACAACGAGCUGAAGCCGUGGGAGCAUUACAUCCCGAUAAAAGCCAACCUGGGUGACCUGCUGGAAAAGAUCCAGUGGGCCCGAGACCACGAUGAAGAGGCAAGGAAAAUUGCCCUCGCAGGACAAAAGUUUGCCCGGAGUCAUUUAAUGGGAGACAGCAUAUUCUGCUACUACUACAAACUUUUCAAGGAGUAUGCCAGACUUCAGAUCACAGAACCUAAGGUUCGGGAGGGCAUGGAGCUUGUAGAGCAACCCACAGAUGACUUGUUUCCAUGUUCCUGCAACAGGAGGACGGCAAAAGAUGAACUUUGAUCUCGCACCAGAGGAAGAGCAAUCCUUAUUAUCUGUUUUGACCAAAUAUUUCAAGUUAUGAUUUAUUUGUUUAUUAUUAUAUGAAUGCCACGUUUUUUAUAAAUUAAAAAUCUUUUAUACUGUG